AUGGAAGCCAUUGAAGAGGCCCGGCUUUUUGCACAAGGGAAAGUCCAUGAUCGUAUUGGGAGCAUCCGUGCAAGAACCCGAAGGUUAAGGCAGCUGGAGGAGGAGGGGGAGCACCCUCCAGUCCUUCUGAAGGAAUUUGAUAAGGUGAAUGAGUCCAAAGUCAAUCAACGACGAGCAUCAAGCCCGGCAAUGAUGCAGGGUCAUUGCGCCGAAGAGUGCCGGGCUGACGCCUCCCCGUGCUGUGAGACAGUCCAGCCCGAGUACACCAGAGAUCGAAGCGCAGCUGGAAAGUGCCGGCCUCGACCACGGAAAUUGUCAGAACCCGUGUUGGCGUUUUCCUUCAAGACGCCUCGGGCACCAAAGCCGCUGUUGGAACGAGAUGGCUCUGUCAGCACCACCUUCCACUUGAGUCUGCCGCCUCCAAGUGCGACGAGGCCGCAGCUGAACUUCAGGCUUGAACAGCGUGCUGCUUGGAAGCCAUCACCUCCUCCAGCUCGUCGGCUGUCGAGAGACUCUUCUGUGAGCUCUUCGAGAGGCUCUGCGACGAAAAUGUGCGCACCCGUGAGACAAGGGAGCCGAAGGGACACCUGGGGCGAGACAGGCUUCGCAGGUCUUCUGGGCAGCGAAUCAGCGGAGUUCGGUGGCCUCGAAACGCAGCUGGAGGAGUCGAGACCGGACAAUCCUGCCGGGAUGGCCAAUCAAUAUUGUGCUGCACAGAUGCUGGAAGGUGCGAAGCAUCAGGACUCCGAUCGAGACGGGCAUGAGCGUCAUGCUGCCAAGGAUGAAUGGCAAUUGGACAGCGAUACCAGGGAGGAUGUUCGCCGGUUGUCUUCAGCGGAGCAUGCCAAGUGGAGGUCCAGCUUCAACCGCUACCGACAUGAUGGAGAAAUCCAUUUGGACGACUUGUCAAGGGCUUUGGCGCACUGUGGAUUUCGUGAUCGGCGGCCUGCACUAAUUGAAGAAGCGUGCAGGCAAGUAACGCGCUUUGCAACGUUAGACCGAGACGAAUUCACGAGCUUCGUGUGCCUGUACGAGUCUGAGCUGUUAAACCUCUACCGAGCUGAGUUCACCAAAUAUGAGGAUGCAGGACACAUUGCAGUAGACAGCUUUGCGCCGUUGUUGAAAGAGCUUGGGCUGGAACCACGUCAGAUCGUCCUGGAUGAGCUUGUGGCGGAAGUCUGUGGCUGCGGGCAGCAGCUUUUAAGCUUUCCUGAUGUCGCGAACAUGAUGGAGCUGCUUCGAGAGCGCGAAGGCUUUCGGCUGACGGAGCUGGAGAGAUUUCGCAAGGUCUUUCACGACUUUGACAGCGAUGACUCUGGAGACAUGUCCGCAAGCGAACUUGUCAGCGCGAUGGGCUGGUUGGGGUUUCCGACUUGCAAUGAGCUUGUUCGCGACUUUUAUCAGACGAGCGACCUCAACGGCAAUGGUGUUUUGAGCUUUUCCGAGUUUGUGAUUUUCUUGAGCCACAUCCAGGACCGAGAGCUGGUCUCAAUCCGUGAUUUCCUCGCCCAGAAGUCGAAGGAUGGCAAAAUCUCCACGUUGUUGGAGCUGGAGGCGGUGCUGCGUUGUCUGGGGUACUUCACCUCUACUGCUGCGAUUACCGAUGCUCUGCAAGAAGCAGGCUUUUGCACCAAAGCAGAGGUUGCUGUUCUCCGCCUGGAUUGGCAAGGCAUGCGACUCGACGUCGAUGACAUCUGCGCUCUGCUGCAAUGCCUGCGAAGUAGGGAAGGUUUCACAGAUGCGCAGAUGGAUGACCUGCGGCAGGCCUUCUGGCAAAGUGAGCCGAAGGAUGAAGACAGGAUUUCCACGAGUGGUGGGUUACACAAGGCAGGAUGGCCCCAAGGGUUCCGAGAUGUCGUUUCUCCUCUUGGUGUGCUAAAAGAACUUGCUGAUGUUGAGGGGCAAGUUCCAGCCGACCUCGCUGGCGAGAGCUUGUCAUGA